GCUGCCGUCUCUCCAUCCGCUAUAGUCGAGCGCAACUUGGAAGCGGGCUUUCGCUGAGCUGCUCGCGUGCUCGAGGUUCCGCUGGGCCUCGUCUCGGACGCACGCAUCAACAAUGGCCCCGUUCUCAAUGAUGAGGAGAUCGCCCCGCAGUCGGAAGGGGAGCGAGCAACAGAAGGACGAAGAUGACGUCAAGAUAGAGAACGGUACUCCAGCGCAAGAAGACGACCAACGCAGCAGCAAUCCAGUCAUGGUUGGGUCGAAAAACACGGUCGACGGUGAGAGCAAAGGACGACGAGUUUUCAACAAAGAAUUGUUGCACAAUAUCCGGAGUCGACUUACAGGGAAGACACUUUCGUCAACCCCUCAGCGGGGAACAGCCUCUCAGGUCGGGGUUCGGCUUCAAGUACCGCUCCCUCCCCUUCCAGUGUCGUCACCCCCGGACCCCCCAGGACAAGCCCGCGUGACCACGGCAUCUUCCCCAACGGUUCCUGCACCAAUCGUACGACCAGUUCCGGGGAAUUUGCAGACAACCACCCAGACCCCUAUUGAGACAUUCAAUGGCUUCACUCCGCCCAUUGUCUCACUUCGAAAGUUAACAAUGCAAUGAUUGCCGCUGACUGGUCAUCUUCAACACGCUUCAGAUCUCGGAUACUCCAACACCACUCUCCCCACGAGCACCGGUCAACCCGAAC